AUGCGGAGUAAAUGGUACGUAGUCGCAUUUGAUUUAACGAGGGUAAGUUCAUCAGGAUUUGAAAUUUUGCCCAAUGUCCGUCAUCACAGACUAUAUCCCGCUGUAGACUAUCAAUCUUAUCGAUUGGCAUCUAUCGAAUACAAAAAAAAGUUUAGUGAUACCAUUAUAGUCAAAAAUGAUAUAGUACCUGGAAUGGUUCUUCUAUUUUUUGAUAUGGCAAUUCAUUUUAUUGAACCUGUACGGAUCUACGACUCUCCAAAAUUCUAUCAAAUUUAUUCAAAAGAGAUAAACCCAAAUUGCGUACGAAUUUCUAUGAUGAAAGAUGCUCAAAAACAAAUAUCUGCUCAUCGAACUCCAGAAAGAAUUCUUGAUUUUUCGGACUAUUUUGAAAGAUAUGAAAGUUUUAAAAUUAGUACGCAUCAUAAUAAAUCGACUGAAAUAAGUUACAUCGAAUAUGAUACUUUUACUCCCGUUUUUGGUACUGAGCAACCCAAAUCUUCAGAUUUACAGACUCUUCUUGGAAGUGCUCUCGUAUGUAAAGGACAAAAUGACGUUCCUGUAUUGACGGGAGUGUUAAUAAACACGUCAUAUGACGGAUUUAAUUUAUAUGCACUCGUAGGAGGUAUGCAGAAUUGGAUACAAAGCAAGGCCUAUGAUUUUCAGAAAAGAACUUACCGACUUAUAUGUUCGAAUCCAGUGGAAAUGUAUCAACAUGAUUUGCCAUAA